CAGUAACGUUGGGGCAGCCGCACGGAAAACACACGUGUUAUACGAGCAGCGGCACGAUGGAGUCGAACUUGGCGUCCCUCACGAGGGGCGGACGUAGUACGACAUAGUCGUUGAAAUCGAGUGGCCAUAUACACCGGUCGUCGUGCGGAUCUCACGCCGGAUGACUUCCGUUUUUCGUUUCUCCGAGACGGAAGCGUCUCGACGACGUAGAGCUUCCGUCGGCCGCGGGACGCGUCGCGGAAAUUCCCGCCGUCAGAAGGUUCGAUGAAUCCCGGCUCGGCCUGAUCAAUCGCUUUUACUCGACUCGAUGUGCGGAAAUAGAAAUCUUGAUCGACCAGUCGCGCUCGUUUUACCCCUUUUACGCUCUUUUCCGACCAUGUGCGAAGUGAAAGGUUUACAGGCGGCGAUCAGGGUUGAUUCCGUUGUGUCGAUCGCUUGCCGUGGAAAUGGCUUUGGUGUCGAUGACAUGUUUUGUUGUUUCCAUCAGAGGUUGUCGGAUAUCAGUGGAUAUCAGUUGCAUUGAGUUCGUUCGGCUGGUCUAGGGUGAAGCUAGGUGAAAAGUCUUCGUGCCCACGUUUGCCGUACGUGAUACUGCGUUGCACAAUUUGCAAAAUUUUUUCGAACGUUAUAUCUUUGUGUAAAUUCUGUGACCGAUGUUCGAGAAGUUAAGCGGAGUGAUAUUACAGCAGAGAUAUGAGCAAUUUUUUUUAUCAGUAUUCGCAGCCUGUCAUCACUCACAAAACGGCAAUAUAUUUUAUGAUAUAGAUAUAUUUACAUUUGGAACAGAUAUUAAGCACGAACAGCACAUGUACGAGUGUGGUACGUAAAAUGCUCGUAAAAUAAAACUCGCGUAUAAUAAUUUUUUGCGAUAAAAUUUUACCUCAAUCGCAAAUAGAAGAGAAAACUCCGUGCUAUACAAAUAAUCCAAUUUUCAUGCUUUGUGCCGGGAAUAUUUACCCUAAUAGAAAUUUCCCGUCGAUGCUAUAUCCCUUGCCAUAAGGAAAAAAAAGAGAGUCGCUUCCGCGUUAGUACUCUAUCGAUUAAAGGCGUUUUUUUUUUCUGAAAAGCGUUGAAGGUACGAGACACAAAGAGAAGCUACGUCGUGUAGGUGCGAGGGUAAAGAGCCUACGGUCGAUUAUCGUUCAUCUCGUCGAGUGGUUAUCGCAUCUUCUAGUGGGGAAAGCACUGACGCGGAGGAAGGGAGGAGCAGAAAUUCCGUGUUUCCUUUCCUCGGGCUCUCUCUCUCUGCGAAACGCGCGGUGGAAGUUACGAUAUACGCGCGCUUACGUAACUUCAACGAUAUUCCCGCAAAUAUCACGCGUUUAUGCGAAACGUGCUUUGGAUCGUUACGCACGAUUCGCUUUCGAAACAUUUCUUGAUCGCCGCUGUUAUCACACUAACGGCAGAGUGUAAAAGUCACACACUUGCGGCACACGUCUUUCAACAUUAUUGCAGUAAAAUUAAAUCAAGAAUGCAUUAUCUUCAGAUCGUCAAGAUCGAUCAAAGAAUUCGCAGCCGAGGGAAAACGCGACAGUUUCGCGGCAACGUACGUUCACGUGCUUGUGCAUAUAAAUGCAUAUUUAUAGAUGUCAGAGAAACGCGGCGUUUACAUUUACAUAAGAUCAUACGCGCGUGAAUGUCAAUUUUUAUUUUACUUUCAAAAUACGACUGUUUAACAUACGAACCGUUAAUAGUCAAUGCUGCGUUGGACUUGAGGAACGUCACUGGAUACGUCUACACGCCAAGUCCACGUGACCCGCAUGUUCGAAUUCUCGUCAUUCGCGAUCGUAUUUCAGUUUCGACAAUAUCAGCGGUAGGAAAUAACGUUCCACUCGAUAUUUCGCCUUGUAUUUCUCAUAAUUUCUUCCUUUCUUUACACAAAGUGACGAAAGAAUCAUGCUAAUUCGAUGACUCUCUCUUGUGCAAAUUGUGGAACACUAAUUGGCACUCAAAUUACUUGGCGGACGUUUGUUAGUGUAGUGAAAUUGUAUAUUUGUGUAAAAUUCCUACCAUAAAUAAUUUUCUUUAAAUAAAGUUCUUUAUAUGAAUAAUUUUACAACUUUUAAUCUUGGAGAUUUUCUUCCGUGUGCUUCCCGAUUAAAAAUUGUACGUUCAAAUAUAAUUUAUGGUUUUUAUAUCCUAUUAAAAUUAUAGAUGAUGCAGAAGGAUAACGAGGUAAAAUUAUCCGAUAAUUAAUUCUACGAAGACAGGACGUUUCACCUUUGUUUCGGAGUGAUUAUUAACGUCGUAGAAUUUCCGUGACCAAACUUCACCACAAUUAACGUGUGCCUCAUGCGUUUAGCUGCGAAAGACAUUCUUUCCAUCGCGUCGUUUCUCUCGUUCUUCUACCACUCAAAUUGCGGUGUGACCCCAACCUUUUUCACAAAUAUUAUUGGCCUUUGUUUACCGGCAGAUAUGCGAGUGCAGUUAGUCACUUGGGUCGCGGACAAACGAGCUGACUUGUCGAACGAGAAAGAAAUUAGAAAAGAACUCUAAUAUUAGAACUCUGGAUAUUAGUGUCGUUCCAAGAAAGAAUUGUUGCAAUUGGCGGCGUAAGAUAUGCCGGUGGAAAGUGCGUCGGCUCUGUUUGCGCUCGGUAAUCAGUUCAAUUGAAUUGUAUUAAUACACCGGGGUCAUCGCGAGAGUUAAUCGCAAUGUCCACGCCGGACACGAUGGAUACCAUCGACGAAGCGGAACAAGCGUGGCAUGAGAUGCUGGAGUGUGAGACCGGAUCCCUUUUAGGCAGAGUGGCGGACCUCGAAAGGCAAUCCUUGGCGCAGAGGGACGAGAUAGUUUGUCUUCGCGCCACUCUGGCGGACGCGCUAAGGCGAAUCGCCCAACUCGAGGCAAGAGAAAAGCGAGAGGAUGACAGGAACGAGAGGAGAAACGAUAGGUUGGUGUCUUCGCCCUUAAGGAACGGCCACGUACCUCUCAGAAGUAGUCAAAAUUCGGUGCCACAGAAGGACUUGAGGCUGCGCCAGACCGGUGGUCUCAGAAAUUCCUCUUCUUCGGGAUCGUCGCAGGAUGUCCGCGACGCGACGUCAAGUCCGAGACGGCCCGCCAGUUACGUGCAUCCCACCCAACUUCCUCAAAGGAGAUCCGUCCACUAUCAGUCAACGGGCUCUUUGCAUUCUGAUAGUCCGAGUAGUAGUAGUGUUUCUCCGGUGCCAUCGCCAAGCCCUAGAGCUACGCCACUGCCUGUAGCCAGAUCGCCCACGGCAAGAUCAAACGGGCCGCCACAAAGUAGCCUAAGAAGAGCCAAGAGAUGGUCGUCCACCGGCGAUUUUACACACGCCCCGCAAAACCAGGGAAGCAAUUCCCAGCUCGUCGGUACCAGAUUGUCUGCGUCCACCAAGUCCCUGUUCAACCUGUUCAAGCCACCGGCGAUGAACAACGUCAAGCACGGUACUAGAGACAUGCAGUACAACGAGGAGGAAGGCACCGUCCGUAUGUAUUUGCGCGGCCGACCGGUCGUUCUUUACGUCCCUACGUCCAUGAUGGAGUCCUACGACCUUCACAAAGUUAGCACGCCGCCGCAGAGCAAAUUGAAGCUCGACUGGGUUUACGGUUACCGCGGGCGCGAUUGCCGCAGCAAUUUACACCUGCUGCCGACCGGCGAGAUCGUAUAUUUCGUCGCGGCAGUCGUUGUUCUGUACAACAUGGAGGAGCACAGCCAGAGACAUUACCUAGGUCAUACGGACGAUGUUAAAUGCAUAGCGAUUCAUCCUAACAAAUUGGUUGUCGCCACAGGACAAGUGUGCGGGACAGAUCGCCGGGAUGCUAUGCCACACAUAAGAAUAUGGAACUCCGUGAGCCUGACGACUCUCAGCGUGAUCGGCAAUGGCGAAUUCGACGGAUCGAUUUGCUGCCUGUCAUUCUCCAAGGCCGACGGCGGAAAUUAUUUGUGCGCCAUCGACGAGACCUCUGAUCACAAUAUAUCGAUCUGGGACUGGCAGAAGAGCGAUCGUGGCACCAAAGUGACCGAAACGAAGUGCUCUGUCGACACGGUGGUUUGCGCCGAGUGGCAUCCGCUGGAACGUAACCAGAUCGUCUCCUGCGGAAAAGGACACGUGUCCUUUUGGUCCCUGGACAACGGCGGCAUGUUGUAUAAACGUAUGGGCAUCUUCGAGAGCAGAGAUAAGCCCAGGUACGUUACCUGUGUCGCCUUCAAUCAAAACGGCGACGUCCUCACCGGCGACAGCAAUGGCAACAUCAUCGUUUGGACUCGAGGUACUAACACAAUUUCAAGGCUAGUGAGAAAUCUCCACGAAGGAUCGAUUUUCUCCAUAUGUGUUCUAAAAAAUGGCAACAUUAUUACGGGAGGCGGGAAGGACGGCAAGAUUUUGUAUUUUGACGCGUCUUUGAAUCUGACGGGAGAAGAAGCUCAGAUUGAGGAUCAUUUUGGUGGAAUUCGAACGCUCUCGGAAGGAAGGGGCACUCAAUUAUUAAUCGGCACGACGAGAAACUGCAUUCUCGUUGGCGAGAAUGACAUGGGUUUCAAUCCCGCAAUGUUGGGUCACGCCGAGGAAGUUUGGGGACUUGCGGCUCAUCCGACUUUACCUCAGUUCGCCACUGCGGGACACGACAGAUUGUUACAGAUGUGGGACAGUUUAAGUCAUACCGUAGUGUGGAGCAAAGACAUCGGGGAGCAAGCACAAAGUAUCGCUUUUUCGCCGGAUGGUAGUAUCAUAGUCGUCGGCUGUGUGUCCGGGAAAUGGUUGGCAAUUGAUAGCGAGACGCGAGAGUUGUACACACACCAUAGCGACGGUUCCGAGCCUAUUCAGGUCGUUCAAUUCUCGCCCGAUGGUUCUUUGCUUGCUCUCGGCUCCAGAGAUAAUUACAUUUACAUUUAUCAAGUGAACGAGGACGCGACCAAAUAUAGUCGAGUUGGGCGAUGUAUGCCAAAGCGGAUUCGAAGGCACGGAGGACAUUCCAGUUUUCUAACUCAUUUGGAUUGGUCCGUGGAUGGUCAGUACUUACGCAGCAACAGCGGAGACUAUGAGCUGCUUUAUUGGAAUCCUGGUGUAUGCCGUCAAAUUCCACAGUCUUCGAUGUUGAGAAAUGUUGAUUGGUCAACCCAUACCUGCGUGAUAUCGUUCGAGACAAUAGGCAUCUGGCCGGAAGGCGCAGAUGGAACUGACGUGAAUAAUUGCACACGAAGUGGCGAUGGCAAGCUUUUAGCUACGGGUGAUGAUUUUGGAAAAGUCAAAUUGUUCUCUCAUCCGGCGUGCCAGCCGAAGUCACUAUACCAUUCCUAUGGCGGCCACUCGAGUCACGUAACGAACGUCUCGUUCUUGCAAGAUGAUUCCCGAUUGGUAUCAACUGGCGGCGGUGAUACCAGUGUUCUCCAGUGGAUAGUAAAUUAAGCGAGUCAAUUUCGAGCGAAUGAUUCUUAAAAGUGCACUUCAAGAUCGAGUUAAGGAGAUAAAAGAAUGUUAACGUGUCGUGAUUUAAAACUAAAAAAUGUCGCACGAAUUACUUAAUCGACGACUUAAGCAUUGUGGCUUUUGUUCUUGAAAGAGUCGACGAGGGAAUCGUCCUAGCACCUCGAUUUCCCGACAUUAAGAUAUCGUUCGCCGCGUGAUGUAUUUUAUCAUGAAUGUUCUUAAGAGGAUUCCACUUGUUCAAGAGCGGGAGAUUAACCUGACGCCUCGAUUUCUCAAUACGUUUGUCAUCAGGCGGAAGAUAUUCAAAGACUUGAAUAUAUACUCUCGCAUGUAAAGCAACUCAAUGCACCGCGUAUGCGGACGUGUUUCUUUCUCGUGUCAGUAUGUGAUAGCACCGAUAUAAUAUUUUCUUACACUGUUGAAAAAUUUUUGUAGGUUUGUUAAAAAAAAGUCCUUGUUAAAAUUUUUUUUGU